CCCCGCCCCCCUCGCCCGCCUGCGGCUGCGGGUGCGCGUCCUACGACGGCCGCCGCGGCGCCGCGGUCAGCCAGUCCUCUUGGCCCCAAGUUUCCAAAAGUUGCGUCUCGGCCCCACCCCUAAAGGAGCCGGCAGAAACUCCGGCCGGGUCGGGAUGUGUUUCAGGGAGUUCCGCCCGGGAGGGGCGACAGCGACACGCGGCGGGGGAGGGCGGGCGGAAGAGGGCAGCGCGCUCCGAGUCCGCGCGCCGGGCCGCGUCCAGGGCGCCGGGCCGCUGCGGAGCAGACGCUGGUCGCCGCGCGCGGGAGGCGGCAAGAGCUAAACGCCGGGCCGCGAGUGCGGGACGCUCCGGUUUGUUCAACCUCCACCCUAGUCGCACUGCUUUCCUUGGGCGCUUUCUACGCUUCAGCUGCUCUCGCUCCCCCGAUGAGUCCUCGCGGCCACUCCCAGCCCGCGCGCUGUGGGCGCAGACCUCGGACGAGGCCCCCCGAGAGCACGUUCACCGAGUUCACCAGGGCGAAAACAUUCCUGCGCAGAGCGCGCAGACCCACUUGGUAUUUGGGGCUUUGCCGUCUUUUUUCCUGCGUGUGCAUCUUUUAUAUUAUGAGCACUAAACUGUAAGGCAGUAAAGACAGUGUUCUGCCACCUUCAAUAAAAGUCUAAGAGUAAAUAAA